UCCCUAUCUUUCUCACUCGUAGAAUAGCAUUCUCGAUGGCGAUCACAAAUUCCCCCGCGAUGAUCGUGGCGGUCGCGUUGGCGGCGCUCUUCAUGUUCUCAGUUGCCUCCGUGACGGCCUCAGAUGGUCCAUUCAUAUUGGCGCACAAGAAAGUUUCUCUCACGAAGCUCAGUUCCAGCACUGAGCGAGUAUCCGUUUCCAUCGACAUCUAUAACCGCGGAUCUAAGACUGCUUAUGAUGUAACUCUUGAAGACAGUAGUUGGGAUCAAGAAAUAUUUUAUUUCGUGACUGGCAACACAUCUAAGUCAUGGGAAAAGCUUGAUGUCGGUUCUGUUGUUUCCCACUCCUUUGAGUUGGAAUCCAGAGUGAAAACUACUUACUAUGGUGCACCUGCUCUUAUCACAUAUCAUGUUGCCAGCAAGCCCAAACUACAGAUAGCAUACUCAACUCCAAUUAUACCAUUGGCAAUCCUAUCUGAAAAAGUGGUUGAAAGCAAAUUGGUAUUGGCUAAGAGUUUAUGGGGAAAAUAUGGAUCCCAUGUUUGUGUGGUGACUAUUGUGGUACUGUUUGCUAAUGCUAUUGCUACUCCAUCAAAACUGAGUGGAAAGAAGAGGCAUUGAGUAUCAUCUGGCUGAUGGUGGGAAUUUGUUUAGUUUUGUUGAAAAUAGGGCUUUGUAUUGUACUUGGGAGUUGGGAUACAAAAAUGUCAGUUAACCUAUAGCUUAGCAAUUGGAAUUUUAGACUACCAUCUUAGGACAAACACCAAUGUGUUAAAAAUGUACAAGCCUUGAAGUGGGCACAGAAUGAUAAUAAAGAUCUACUUAUUAUUCUCAUCA